AUGUGACGCCGCCAGACGUACCAUGGCCGCAACGCGGCAAGCACGCAGCACCCCGGCACAGCCGCUGCUGCUGUUGCUGCUGCUGCUGGCGGAUUCAGUGACAGCGGAAGGAGAUCCCCGGUUGGUGAGCACCCGCCAGGGUGCCGCGCGCGGCGUCCACAAAGAGUCCAGCAGUGGUCGCCGCUUCCUGGCCUUCUACAACCUGCCAUACGCCAAGCCGCCAGUGGGACCUCUAAGAUUUAGGAAUCCUCAGCCUCCAGAUUCCUGGAUAAAUAUUCGCGAUGCAACAGUGCCAGGGCCACAGUGCACCCAGAAUGCAUUGUUCGAUCCGUCAAUUCCUCCAGCUGGAAGCGAGGAUUGCCUUUAUCUCAAUGUCUUCACACCAGAGGUGAAUCCAAGCAGGCGGCUGCCAGUGAUGUUCUGGAUCCACGGAGGCGGCUGGAUCUCAGGAGGCGCCAACUGGGUUGAACCCAAUUUUAUUCUCGACCACGAUGUUGUGAUGGUUGCUAUUAAUUACCGGCUCGGCCCACUGGGUCUCUUGAGCACGGAGGACGAGGCCUCUCCAGGGAACUACGCCCUAAAGGACCAGGUGGCAGCCCUGAGGUGGGUCAAGGACAACAUCGCGGCGUUUGGCGGCGACCCCGGCAACGUGACCAUCUUCGGACAGAGCGCGGGAGGCGCGAGCGUGCACUACCACAUGCUGUCGCCUCUUUCCAGAGGCCUAUUCCAUCGUGCUAUAUCCCAGAGUGGUGUGGCAGUAGCACCGUGGGCACUGCCCACGCCAGGCGCAGCAGAAAAGGCACGAAGGGUGGCAGCCCUGCUGGGAUGUCCCACGGCGCCGAGUCCAGCGCUGGUAGACUGCCUCAGGGGCGUCGACGCUUACAAGCUCAUUGAGACCGAAAAACACUUUUUGGAAUGGCGAUUCAGUCCCCUAAUGCCACUUCGACCAGUGGUGGAAGGCGAGGGAAAGGACACAUUCCUGGUUAAGCACCCCGUGCAUCUCGAUCUUCUUACGCCUGUCCCAUGGCUUAUAGGAGUCACUAAGGAUGAGUGAUGCGUGUUCGUAGCAGCUUUUGUUUCAAACGAGACAUUAUUUCAAGAACUAAAGAACAAGAGUGACAGACUGUUUCCCAUGACAUUACUGUACCACACGUCCUUAAAUGCAGAUCUGAUCACUAAGAAGAUACGGGAAUUCUACUUCCCUUCUAAGGAGUUCACACUCAGCACCCUGAGUGAUCUAUACUCUGAUGGUUUAGUUAACUGGAACACAGAUGAAAUGGUUAGGAAGCACAAGGACACGGUACCUAUGUACUACUAUUUACUGUCGUACAAAGGGAAAUAUAGUAUGUCGAAAAAACUCGGAGGUGAAGAUGAAGAUCUAGGUGUUUGUCAUACAGAUGAUUUGUUCUACUUGUUUUCGAACAACAGUUACUCUCCCGUAAGUGGUGAGAGACCUGAUAAGGAUAUGCAGAUAGCAAGAACGAUGACCAAACUAUGGGUAAACUUCGCUACAACGGGGAAUCCAACGCCUAAUGAUGAGCCACUACCCUGGCCGAGAGUAGCUUCUGACAGUGAGCUGGAAUACCUGGAAAUAGGCUCUAAGCUGGAAAUGAAGAAGGGGCUGUUCCAGGAGCGAGUGAACUUCUGGAAGUCGCUGCCUCUUAGGGAGGAAGUUCUCAACCGUGUGACUAAGGAAGACCUGUGAAACGGACGAUAGUGAUAAGUUAAUCUAAGUGUUUGAAGACAGCAUUUUAAUGCAACUUGAUAUGUAUUAUGUGACUGUUCCGGAUUUCAUAUACCUGUUGAUCUGCAAACAAAUAUUUCAUUCCUAAUUCGCCUUUCCGUUCCUUAGAAAAUACUGUGUUUUAUGGCAAUGAACUAAACUGAAGAAAUAUUCUAAUGUACAGAACUGUUUCUUAUGUAUCUUCAGGCAGGCAAUAAAUGUUUAUUCCAGACA